UCGAUUUUGUGUCUGUCUGUCCGUCUGUCUGUCUUCAUCCCUGCAUUACCUGUGUCCCUGAGCUCGUCGCCUUCUGCUCCUGCGCUCACGGCCACAGGGGCGGACGCAGAGGACCAGGCUUCGGGAAGGAGAGGUCGGGGACGGGGUCUGACGGAAGCUUCCCCUGAGGGGAGGAAGCUGAGGAAGAAUGGCCAGCUCUAAGUCUCAAGACAUGGUCUGUGGUUCAGUGACAUUUAGGGAUGUGGCUGUUGACUUCUCUCAGGAGGAGUGGGCCUGCCUGGAUGCUCCUCAGAGGGUGUUAUACAGGGACAUGAUGUUGGAGAUCUACAGCCACCUCGUCACAGUGGUGGGAAGUUCGAUUUGCAAACCAGAUCUGAUCACCUUAUUGGAGCAGGAGAGAGAGCCCUGGAUGGUUGUGAAGGACAAAACAGAUAGGCCAAGCCCAGAUUUGGAAUCAGAUUGUGAUGCUGAAAAUAUAUCUCCAGAAAAUUAUAUUUAUAAUAGAAAUUUACCCAAAGAGAGUAUAAAACAAUUAACUGAAAAUUCUGACCUCAAGCACUUCAGUUUUAGUAAUGACCUCAACUAUCGUACAUUUACAGAUCUACAGGGUAAUGAAGGAGCUGCUGAUCAAAAGAUUUGUUACAGGAAACAAAUGCCUACUCAUACCUGCCGGACUCUUACUCACAAUAUAGAAAAAAUGUAUGAAUGUAACAAGUGUGGGAAGUACUUUGGGAGUAGAUCAGCUCUUAUUCAGCAUCAGAGUAUUCAUAAUGGAGAGAAGCCCUAUGAAUGUCAGGAAUGUGGGAAGGCCUUCAGAAUCCCCCAACAUCUUACAAGACAUCAGAAAUCUCACAGUGGUGAGAAACCUUUCAAAUGUGAUGAAUGUGGAAAGGCUUUUCAUCUUCCCGACCUGCUUAAGAACCAUAAAACCAUUCAUACAGGUAUAAAACCAUUUGAAUGUGAGGAAUGUGGGAAAUCCUUUAAUCGUUUCUCCAAUCUAGUUGGACAUAGGGUUAUGCAUGCUGAUGUGAAACCAUAUGAAUGUAAUGAGUGUGGGAAAGCCUUUAAACGUCGCUCAAACCUCAUACAACAUCAAAAACUACAUUUUGGUGAGAGACCUUUUCCGUGUAAAGAAUGUGGAAAAGCCUUCAUUGCUCUGGCACAGCUCACUCGGCACCAGAACAUUCAUACUGGUGCAAAGUUAUUUAAAUGUCAGGAAUGUGGGAAGGCCUUCAGACUCCCCCAAAAUCUUACAAGACAUCAGAAAUCUCACAGUGGUGAGAAACCUUUCAAAUGUGAUGAAUGUGGAAAGGCUUUUCAUCUUCCGGAGCUGCUUAAGUACCAUAAAACCAUUCAUACAGGUAUAAAAGCUUUUGAAUGCAAGGAAUGUGGGAAAUCCUUCAAUCGUUUCUCCAACCUAUUUGAACAUAGGAUUAUUCAUGCUGAUGUGAAACCAUACGAAUGUAAAGAGUGUGGGAAAGCCUUUAAACGUCGCAAAAGCUUCAUGCAACAUCAGAAAGUUCAUUCUGGUGAGAGACCCUUUCAGUGUAAGGAUUGUGGAAAGGCCUUCACUGUUCCUUCAAACCUCACUCGGCACCAAAACAUUCAUACUAGAGAGAAAUUAUUGUAAUCUUAGCAGUGUGGGUCAACCUUCAGACUUACGUCCCAACUGAAAAAACAUCAGAGAAUUAUUCUAAUGUGAAACUCUUUCAAUGAUAGGAAGGUGGAAAGGACUUUGUGGAACAACCCUUAGAAUUCAUCAGAGAAUCCAUACUGGUGAGAAUCCCUAUCAGUGUAAGGAAUAUGGGAAAGCUUUUCAACAUUAUUACCAAUUUUCUGGGACAUUUUAGAAUUUAUAUUGGAAAAAAUCUUUUAAGAUGUAUUUAUUAUUUAUACAACAUUCUGCCUGCACACAGAUAUUACUAUUGGCGGUUAGGAGCCACCAUGUGGUUGCUGGGAGUUGAAUUCAGGACCUCUGGAAGAACAGCCAGUGUUCUUAACCUCUGAGCCAUCUCGCCAGCCCUGGAAAGAAUCUUUAUGAAUUUAAAGAAUGUGGGAAGUACUUCACUUGUGGUACAUUAAAGAAUUCAUAAUGGUAAAAAACCUUACCACUGUUAAGAAUGUGGGAAGACCCUUAGUGCAAUAUGAAACUUGAUUUGACCUGCUAAAUUUAAUAUAAGAAGCCCUAUGAUGUAAGGAAUAUGGAAAGGCCUUCAGUAAAUCUAAGCUAGCUGUCUAUCAGAGAGUUCUUAUAGGUGAGAAAUUCUAUGACUAUCAGUAAGGUGGAAAAAUGUUUAGAUUUAGUUCGGCCUUCACUGCACAGUGCAAAAUUCAUACUGAUAAGAAAGCCGAUUACUGUAAAAGACAUGGAAAGACCUUCAGUUGGAGCUCAGGACAUCUUCAGUGUAAAAGAAUCCAUGAUGGUGUCAAACACGAUGGAUACAAGGAAUGUGGGAACAUUCACAGAAUUAGCUCAGCUCUUAAAGCUCAUCAGCGUGGCCAUAUAGGUCUCAAGCCUUGUGAAUAUGAAGAAUGAGUAAAAGCCUUUAUUGUAAAUGAUGAACUUCCAAAGAAUCAGAAAAUCCACAAUCACCAGGAAUCCUAUGCAUGUAAGGAAGAUGAACAAGUCAUUACAUGAAACUUCACUGAUCCUCAGAGAACUCACAUUGGGAAGACUGCAACUUAAAAGAAUGUGGCAACUUCACCCUAGGAUUUGGUCAACAUUCAUAUGCUGUUGAUGCCAAGAAACCUUUAAUUCAUUAAUCAUUAAUCAUUAAUUCAUUAAUCAUUAGUCGCCGAGGACAAUCAAGUUAAGGAGAGUAGUGUUGGAACUAGGUUUAUCUGAGAUGAAUUCUUUGCCCCCAUUAACAUCCCAUGGCUCCUGUGAUAAUAGACUGGAUGCUUGCUUGCUUUCUUUGUUAGUGGCCAGCACAGUACCAGCCAAAGGUAUGACAACAGGCUUAUAACAGAUAAUGAAGUCCUUGAGAGUAUUUGGUCAAUGAUCAUAUUCUGUACAAUACCUUUUCCCUUUUUCUCACUUUUAUUGGCCUUAGUAUAACUGACAUGAAAGGCUAAUUGCACUUUAGAUAGUUUAGGGAAGCAUCAUGCAUUCACACACUUCAAUUUUAAGUAUCUUCAUUCUGGAUACAUCUAAUGGCUGAAAAGGAGUAUCAAAGGAUUUGAGUUCAACUUGCAAACAUAGGUGUAUAAGGUGUAAUCUUGGUUACAUAUGAAUGAAAAUUGAAAUCAACCGCUAAGUGGAUAGCAUACUGCUGUGUGGUGCAACAUGAAUGACGUGAUUCAAGUUGAGUGGUGUAACUGGUGCUGUAUCUUUUUUUUUUUUUUCCAGUAUGUCUGGCUUUUUUUUUUUUUUUCAACUGUCAGGUGUCUAUAGACCUUUAAUUCCAGCACUCAGGGAGACAGAGGCAGGCAGAUCCCUGUGACUUCAAGGCCAGGCUUGUCUACAAAUCGAGUCCAGGACAGCCAAGGGUAGACAGAGAAACCUGUCUUUAAAAACCAAAAAUAAGACAGAAGACAGUUUGCUACUAUGUCUAUAGAUGGCAGGUGAAACUAGCUGGACAUGGGCAACACCAUUUGGUCAAUUUACUCCUUUUCUGGUGACAUUUUCUCUUGGUAACCUGUCCUUUUUUUUCAGGUGUGUCAAUUCCUCAGUGGUUUUCUGAUUCCUUAGUUGGAUGCUUUUAAUCUCCUGGAAAGAUCAAAGCAAAACCCUGGUCCAGCUCUAACUCUGGAGAUUUUCUUUUUUGGCAGGUUAUAUCUUUCCUAGGGCAAAAUAUUUUUUGGCAGCAGAAAAAAAUACCAUCUUUCAACUGAAAUGAAAAAAUUUUCUUGAAAAAUUGAAACUACAUAUACUUUAGUAUGUGUGGAUAAAAAUACCUAUUCUCCUUUCUCUUUAUAUAUAAAUUGAAGAUUUAAGUGUAUUCAUUUUUAGAUUACAAAGAACAUUCACUUUGUUUCAGCCUGUCUUUUGCAAGUGGGUUUUAAAUUUAAAUCACUGAAAUUCUUAUGUGCUUGCCUCUGCCUCCCAAGUGCUGGAAUUCCUGCCUGGCUGUGGGUUCCUUAUAAUAGUUAUUCUCAUAAAGUUGCCCUGUUUUAGUUUGCUCCUCCAUUUCCCCUUACUUUUUAAUGUUAGUAAACUUUCUGAAUUUUUUUGAAUGUGUAACCUGUCAUUCCUGCUGAUUUAUUCUGAAUUUGUUCCCUGGCAAAUUUUAAUAUUUUAAAUUUAGUCUUAAUUAAACAUGCCGCCAACUUG